AAAAUCACUUAUUUUAUCUAUAACAAUUUAAUUUAUGAUAAUAUAUUAAUAAAUCAUCUUAAACGAUUAUAUAAUAUUAUAGUCAAUCAUUUAAUUUUCGUAAAAAUCUAUUUAUACCUAUAAAAAUUAUUUCUAAUAUUCUUCAUAAAUAUGAAUUUGUUAUAUAAUGGGCAUAUUCCAACAAACUCUUUACAGAAGCUAAUAUUAACUUUAGGAUCCUCUAUAAUUUCUAUUUUAGACCCAACUCGAGAUGAUAUGGUUGCCACUUUGGGUGAGACUAUAGGAAUAAAUGCAGCAAGAUACAUGCAACGUAAAAUGCAUAAAAAUGAUGAAGGAAAACAAAUACUCACUGAAAAGCCAAUUAUUAAUAGCAGCACUAUAAAUUUUAAUUAUCUAGCCUCUUUACCUCAAAACACAUUAGGAAAAUCAUAUUUGGACUGGUAUAAUAAUAAUAAUGUUAGCCCAGAUACAAGAAAACCAGUUCAUUUUAUUGACGAUCCUGAGUUAAGUUAUAUUAUUAGAAGAAAUAGAGAUGUCCAUGAUCUGCUUCACACAGUAUUAGGUAUGCCUACAAAUAUUUUAGGGGAAGUUUGUGUCAAAUGGGUUGAAGCUAUUCAAACUGGUCUUCCCAUGUGUGCCUUAUCAUCUUUAUUUGGUCCAUUGAGAUUCAAUAAAAGGCAGAAAAAAUUAUAUGUAGACUAUUAUCUUAAUUGGGCAGUCAAUUGUGGCUACAACUCAAAUUUUUUAAUGGCCAUCUAUUUUGAAAAAUAUUGGGAAGAAUCAUUGAAAUCAUUUAGAAAAAGACAUAAUAUUCAAGAGCCUCCUCUAAUUAUCAAAUGAUUUAUUUUAUUUUA